CUCGGCGGCUGUCAGAUCCAAACGGUAAAAACAAGAGCUUUUUCAACCCGCAAGUCAGUUAAAUCUCGUGCUUUAAAGAUGGUCUAUUAAGUAACAGAGCAGUGCUGAUAUUCCCCAGCCUUCAGCUGACCCCUCUGAUAUUCCCAUCCAGUCAUCACCAUGGAGACUGCCAACAACUAUGUGCUGAUCCAUGGGAAGAACAUCUCCCAUAAUACCCUGGCAGGCUCAGCUGCUGGGCCCCACAUGUCCAUCGACAAGCUUUUCCCAGCUCUGCUUGAGUGCUUUGGUAUCAUAUUGUGUGGCUACAUAGCUGGCAGGGCAGAUAUCAUCACAGGGAGCCAGGCAAAGGGUCUGGGGAACUUUGUGUCAAAGUUUGCUCUGCCAGCUCUGCUCUUUAAAAACAUGGUGCUGCUGGACUUUGGAGACGUCAUCUGGGCGUUUCUCUGGAGUGUCCUGGUCGCGAAGGUGACAGUGUUUGUGCUGGUAUGUGUGCUGACACUGAUGGUGGCCAGUCCAGAAAACAGAUACAGUAAAGCUGGUCUGUACGCCAUCUUUGCUACGCAGAGCAAUGACUUUGCUUUGGGAUACCCGAUAGUCGAUGCUCUUUACCGGAGCACAUAUCCAGAGUACCUCCAGUACAUCUAUCUAGUUGCUCCGGUCUCCCUCAUGCUUCUCAACCCUAUUGGUUUUGCUCUUUGUGAGGUGCAGAGGUGGAGGCAGGCCAGCCAUCCACAGCACAGCACAACUGGCAUUCUGGGAGUUGUAGUCCUACAGGUGUUGAAAAACCCCAUAGUGUUCAUGGUGAUAGUGGGAAUCGUCUCUCAUUUUGCCCUGGACCAGCAGAUCCCUGCUGUGCUGUCAGAGUUCAUAGACGGCCUGGCCAACUCCUUCGGAGGGGCAGCCUUGUUUUACCUGGGCCUCACUAUGGUCGGGCAGCUUAGAAAACUGACCAGAGACACUGGAGUCGCCUUGAUUCUCCUCAUCACAGCCAAACUUCUGGUGAUGCCGCUGGUCUGUAAAGACAUGGUGGAUAUUCUGGACGUAGGAGUGAACAGCACGAAUGCCAACCACACCAGUUUGUCUAACUUUGCUUUCCUAUAUGGAGUCUUCCCAACCGCACCUAGUGUAGCCAUCUAUGCUUCACACUACAACAUGGAGGUAGAGGUGGUAACAUCGGGGAUGGUGAUCAGUACGUUUCUCUCUGCACCGAUCAUGUAUGUGUCGGCCUGGUUGUUAACAAUCCCUCUGAUGGAUCCGACGCCCCUGGUGACAGAGCUUGAGAACGUUAGCUUCAACAUCAGCAUUGUCAGCCUCAUAGCACUGGUCUGGACCAUAGCGGUGAUGCUGCUCAGCAGGAAAUUUAACCGACUUCCUCACCUCUUUGCCUUAAAUCUUUUCCUGGCUCAGUUCUUGGUGUGUGUCAGUAUGAUCCUGUGGAACUUCUUGGUGAAACAAGAGGAUAAUCUGCUCGGCAAAAUUCUCACCUUCACUCUGCUCUACGGGUCUCUGUACAGCACGUACGUUUGGACAGGUUUAAUCCCGCUCUGUCUGGCUCUGACUAACAGAGAUGAUCUACUGAGACUCCGACCAGGAGUCUUCAUGAUUUUGGGUUGGGGGGUUCCCUUUCUGAUGGUCGGCGCUCUUAUGAUAUCAGGAGAGAGGACUGAUACCAUAGACUCUGCCUUCUUCUAUGGCAGAGCUCAGAUCAUCAGUACAGCAGUGGUGCUUGCAGUCAGUCUGGUGCUCGGUGCAAUUUCUCUGAUGGGUCUCAGCCAGGGAGACAGGGAGCAGGGAGGCUACCAGGCCCUGAACAGAGCUGCUGUAACAGGCAUCAACGACGAGCUGAGGACCCCUGGUGGCGUGGAUGAUUCACAACAACAACAACAACAACAACAACAGUCACAGGCGGCAAAUUCACCCGCCUGCAGCAUCAACUCAGACCUGCACAGCUGUUCUCCUCUCCAGACCUUACCUGACAUGAUAGCCAGCACGCAGAGGGAGCACACAAACAGCACAGGCCACACUGGGGCUUUGUGUGACGGACAGCAGAGUUCUUCCUCCUCAGAGCAGCCGCUGAACCUGCCGCCACCCGGUGGGCUUCCAGCCACCGAUGAUAAACAGACCGUCAGACACGUUCUGCUCUGUCUGCUGCUCAUUGUCAGCUUGUUAGCGAACCUGUCCAGCUGUCUGUGGUGGUUGUUCAACAAAGAUCCAGGAAGACUUUAUCUGGAAUUACAGUUCUUCUGUGCCGUGGCAAACUAUGGACAGGGUUUCCUGUCCUUUGGGAUCUUCGGUCUGGACAGACACCUCAUCAUCCUGCCUUUCAAGAAGAGGUUGCUCAGCAUGUGGCAGGGCAGGGACAGCGAAGAGUUGAGUCCUUCAGGUGUACCAGAGGAGGUCAGACUUACCUGUACCCAGUUCGUCCGCUACCACAAAGACCAGUGUGUACAAGACAUAGUUCACACACGCAGGUUUGGAGGAGGAGGACUGGAGGAGGAGAAUGGGCUUUUGAGACAUUCCCCUUCCCGUCAGUCCCGUCACCUUCCCCCGCAUCAGGAUCUCCAAGCCCAGAACCUCCAGGAGCAGCUACACGACGAGACAAAGAAUCUGCACGGGACUCACCAAACUCACGAUCCGGCUGAACCCUGCGGCCGGCGUUCCCCUCCAUCCCGACCGCGGCCGGAGCCUGAGAACGAACGCCAAGCACAUAUUUCCGACUCAAAUAUCCCAGAGGAGGAGAUUUCCCAUCUCCAGUUUAAGCAAUCUCAUGACCCAGCUAAUCCUCAGCCCCUACACGAGCAUGGUCCCCAUCUCCCACAACACCCCCAGUCCCAGCUCGAAAGCGCAUUCCGGGGCAGUGACUUGGUAGACUGGCUGGUCGAGCGGGGUCUGUGUGCGGGGAGAGCUGAGGCCCAGCGCUACGGAGUUCGUCUUCAGCAGGGAGGGGUGUUAGAUCACUCGACAGGUCAGCAUAGGUUCAAGGACGAAGUAACGCUGCUGUACCACUUCACCCACGGGAGAGGUGCGGGAUUGUCCCAGAACAUGUGAGAGGAAGCGAGGACCAGAUGGGGAGGAGGGGGGAGAAAGAUGAGACAGGAAAAAAGGAGACGAGGAGGUCCCAAGCAGCAACCACCAUGGCUGAGUGCCAAAGGGGAAGUGCCUUACGGUGCAGUUUUUCCAACAACCACUAGAUAUUGUCUCUGGGAAGGCUAAUUGUGUUGAAAUCAAUCAGGCAGUUUUUUUUUUUUCCAACAAGAAUCUAGCCCCUUAAUAGCUAAUUUCACCUCUUCUAAUGUAUGUUUUUGUGGCAAUUUGACACAAUUGUUCCAUUAAGAUGAUAUAAAGUGGUAUAUUUGAAGGAGUAUUUACCUCGAUUGACAGAUGUCCUGGGCUGUUCAUGGUGGUUGCUGCUUGCUUGUCCACUCAGGUCCACCCUGAUGCCCAAAUUUAAAUAUUUCUAGCUCCAACUACUGAGAAGCUUUGUUUUAAGGCCUUUCAGAAACGUAUGCCUGACAUGAGAGACAUUAGAUGAAAGAGAAAGAAAGUGGGACAAGUUUUUUUUGAUUCCAUUUUUUAAACUUUUUUUGUUGUUUUUUUUUUUCACUGCUCUGAAUUAAGCUGCGUUUAAUUGAGCAAGUGGACUACUUAACGACAUAUUUUCAAUGUGUGAAGGACAAAUAAGCUUUGUUUUAAGGACAAGUUGCUAUUCAACCUAUCAUCCUCAAAUAUCAUAUUUUUAUGUUGUAUUUGCGUGCGAGUAAUGAGAAGACAAAAUAAGAUUAUACCAGUGAACCGACACUGUGGUACUGUAUGUGUGUGUGCCAGCAAGCAGCGAGCUGCAGCGUCCCUCGUUUAAAGGCUUUGUCGCCCGCUCAUUCUACGUUACCUUUUCUUUCAGAUGACAUGAAAUCAUCCUGAACCCUGCCUGUUAUUUCACUAUUUGAUAUUUUGCACGCUGUGUCUUUUAACCACUCUGGUCUACGUUGACUACUUGCAUGACAGAGAGCAGUACGGUCUUCUGCUCUGCACUGAAACGUUUGCACUGACUGAAUAACUACAUAUUUCACAUUUUGAAAUUAUGCAACUCACUGGAUAUUUGUCUUGAAAAUGUUGAUCUUUUCAUUGUGUAACUGUGCCGCUGCAGUCAAUUUGAAACGUUUGUUUGGGACUGACUGUAGUCACGUUACUAAAUGGAUUCAUGCUGCCAGGAUGGAAACUUUUGGAAAAAUCAGCCCAAGCCGGACCUGAACUCAAGUUAUUUGUUUGCCACUGAGUUGAACCCGCAGGAUAUAUGUGUUUUAGGAGACUGAUCCCCAAAACCAAAAUUCAAUUUCCCUAAAACCUGAAGAAGACAAAAGUGUGUAGUUAAGUGAGGAAUUCACCAGAACACUUUAACUAAAACACUUCUGUCCAUUUGAAUUGAUAAUUUUAUCUUUUUACCCUUUGAUAAGACUGAAACUGACUGAAACCAACGGUUAUAAUCCUAAACUUUGAUACAGUUUAUGUGUCCUGUAGCUUGACGACUUCUUACUUUGGCUGGAAGUCAUAACCACUACUGAACUGUUGUUGCAACUGUGAGCAACUCUUAACACUAACUACACUACAGCUAUGAUUUGCCUGUUAAGUUGCUGCUGAUUCGUGAUAUUGUUAAUAUGAAGUUUACAUGUAUAGGUGAGGUUGUGGAAGAUGGCUCCAUGGUGAUAUAUGCACAUAUUAGUAGGGACACACUAAUGUCAAACCGAUGAUGGAAAAAGGACUCUGACUGCUGAUUUGAUAUUCCGUGAAACUUUUGUAAAUAUUCAUUAAUCUCUGAGCAAAAUCCCCAAUUGUUUGAUGACAACUCAACUUUUAUUUAAAGCAUCAUAAACCUCCCAGAAACUUGUAUGUGCAUAUAUUUCUAUCUUUGUCUUCUGUCAACUGACACCGCAUUUAAGUUCAUGCAAUUCACAUCAGGUCCUUGUGUUUACUGAGUUGUUAAAAUGACUUUCUGUGACAGAGUGCCUGCCUCAGCCAAUGUGAAGGUGUGUGUGCAUGAUCAAAAUAUGUUUUUGAGUUUCUGUGUGUGUGUGUGUGUGUAGGAAAGUACUGAGAGAGAGAGAGAGAGAGAGAGAACAGGAGAGAUUUUAAUAUGAGACGUGUGUUGUUGAUAGACAUGACAAGUGUAAGUGUGGGUGUUUUUGUUUUGAAGUGUGUUGCUGUAAAUCUAUCAGGGUCGAUGACCAUGUGACCAUAAGAAAAGGCACAAAUAAACUUGCAUCCAAAUCCGA